GUGGAUAUGACCAAAGUGAACCUGGAAGUCAUAAAGCCCUGGAUUACCCAACGAGUGACGGAGAUUUUGGGGUUCGAGGAUGAUGUCGUCAUAGAGUUCAUAUUUAACCAGCUUGAAGAUAAGGCCUGAACCAAUAUGGAUGUUAUACCUUGCAUCAGAAGUAUAGCACCAACACCUAAUUAGCUCUCUCCUGAGCCCAAAGUCACUGAGCCCAACUCUCCCUUCAUGAUGCAGUGUGUGUUUUGAGAUAAAUGAUAUAACAUUAAGCUCAAGGUGGUUGAGUCUCAAGCUGUAGUGAGGCGGAAGCAAGCCAAGGGAGCUCCAUGCCCACUGAUCCCACGGGACUCACUGAAGACACCGGAACUGUGCUUAAAGUGUUGGGUUUUAAUGCACUCUGUAUUGUGGAUAUUUAUUAAACUCCUGAGGUAGACUAUGGGGAGACUGUACAAGGGAAUAUGGGAUGGGAAGGGAUACAGAUUUAAGUCGAGGGGAUAUCGUUGAGGACAUUUUAAACACAAGAUCUGAUUCAUAGUAACUAAUAGUGUAUAUAUUUGAGGAGCAACAACUAAAAUUUGCAUUGACAGCAAUAGUGCAUGCAAGUUUUGAUCUGUUAGAACUCUCUCUCUUGAGUUAUCUCACAUUAUCAAAUUUAAGAGUUGGAUUUCAGAUAGAAUCACAUUUUCCCCCAGUGUACCCUGGGAUUAAGAUACUUUAAGUAUUAGCAAAUUAUUUUUUUGUACAGUUAAUGAAAAUCUCAGGUAUAUUUUUGAGAAAUAGAAGGUAGAAAGAUGGAUUCUACCUCUUUGUGAUGUUAUUUGUUCCAUUAUUUCAAAAGCAAAAUGCUUUUUCUUCUCUUCCGUACUUGGUGUGUUUUGCAGCACCCGGAUAGCAAGAUGAUGCAGAUUAACUUGACGGGUUUCCUGAAUGGGAAAAAUGCCAGAGAGUUUAUGAAAGACCUCUGGCCCCUGUUGCUGAGUGCCCAGGAGAACAUUGCUGGCAUCCCAACUCCAUUUUUGGAACAGAAGAAAGAGGAAAUCAAACAGCGACAGAUUGAACAGGAGAAGCUUGCAUCUUUGAAGAAACUGGAGGACGACAAAAAGGAUUCACGAGAGAGGGCUCAGUCAAAGAGCCCAAGAAGACGGAAGACGAGAUCACCAUCGCCACGACGAAGGUCACCAUCUCCGCGGCGCAGGUCACCAGUGAGGCGGGAAAGGAAGCGUAGUCCUUCACGGUCCCCAAGGCGCAAAGCUAGUCCAGCUGGUGGAAACUCACCUCCUCCACCCUUGAUGCAGCUGCCCACAAAACCUGUAGAGAAGUCUAUGGAGCCUGAUACAUCAGGAAGAUCCAUGCCAGAACCAGUCAUCCAAGAGGCAUCUUCCACAAGUGAAACUGUUAUGGAGGUUGUGAAAGCAGACUCUGUGACUGAAGACAAAGAGUCGUCACAUGAGAUAAAUAAGAAAGAGGAAAGGUCCAGGGAUAGGGAGAAAGACAGUAGAAAGGAAAGACCUCACCGCCGCUCCCGUUCUCAUUCCCACUAUCGCAAACGACGCUCUCGUUCAAGAUCCUACUCUCCACGUAGAAGGCAGAGUCCCAGAAGGAGAUUGUCUCCACGUCGAAGAAGCCCACCCAGAAGGGGCCCUACCAGCUCCAGAAACAGACACAGGCGUUCUCCUGUCCGCAGGAGGCGCUCUCGCUCUGCUUCAUCAUAUGGCAGUAGCUCCUCACGCUCUCACUCACCCAAAAAACUAAUGAAAAGAAUAUCCAACUCACCCCUGCGAAAACCCCCCCACAUUAUUGAUGCCUCCAUUAGCCCCCCCAGGAAAGACAGGCGAUCGCCAUCACCACGGGCGAGAAGGGGAAGAGGUUCAGCAUCUCCUCCCAGAUCAUCUGGUUUUAAGAGAAAAGCUGGUGCAAGGGGUGAUUCACCUUCGGAUAACAUUAAAACCAGGCACUCUGGGUCCGAAUCAGAUGAGGAUAAACUUGAGAAAGGCACAGCAGCAGAUUCAGUGCAACAGAGACGACAAUAUCGCAGACAAAAUCGGGAGUCAUCUUCAGAUUCAGGAUCCUCCUCCUCAGAAGAUGAAAUAUCUAAGAGGCCAAAGGCAGGACCAGGUGCAAGAAAUGGGGAUGUUCGGAAGAGACGUAGCCACACACCUUCCAUGCGUAGGCGACCCAGAGAUGCCUCUCCUAGGAAAAGGCGAUCACCAUCUCCUGGUGCACGCAGACGCCGUUCUCCAACUCCCCCAAGGCGUCGCAGAUCGCCUUCUCCGAGACGAAGGUCUCCUUCCCCACCUCCCCGUAGACGAUCUCCUUCCAACAGACGUUAUUCACCUCCAAUCCAGCGUCGUUACAGCUCUUCACCUGUUCCGACUCAGAAGAGGAAAUUAUCUAGCUCUCCCACAAGGCGUGCUUCACCGGGAGGGAAACGGCGCACUUCUAGAUCCCCAAAACGUAGAGGCUCUCCUGCUCAGCGGAGGCGCACACCUCCCUCCUCUUCUUCCCCCCCUAGACAGAGAAGAAGCCCCAUGGCAGCUUCCGGUCGGCCAAGUAGGGACGCACGAUCGCCUCCAGCAGCAGCUUCAAGCCAUCGCUCCACUUCCCCUGCAAGCCGCAGCCGUGCUAUCAGAGGUUCCAACAGUCCUGUGCGACGUUUUGAAACCUCCAACCAGCGAAGACACUCACCAUCACACAAUGAAAAGCCUAUCAGACGAGUUUCACGUACCCCAGAGCCACGCAACAACCAGAGACCUUCACCGAGUGCCCAGCCUUUGAGAAGGGUUUCCUCCAGGUCUCGAUCCCUUUCCCCUCAGCCAGCAGCUGUGAAACGCCCAGCACUUGCGUCCGCCUCCCCGUCACCAUCUCGCUCUGCCAGUGUGUCCCCGCCACCAGCCAAGAAGGCCAGCAGUGGUUCUGGCAGCCGGUCACCUAGCAAGAAUUCAGAUGUUGAUGGCAGCGCAAAGAAAAAGAAGAAGAAGAAGGAGAAGAAGCAUAAAAAAGACAAGAAGCAUAAGAAGCACAAGAAGCAUAAGAAGGAGAAGAGCGGCAACGCAGGGACUGGAGACAGCCAGCAGAACCAGGGUGGGGAUGAAGAUGGUGAAUCACGAAAGGAAUCAGAGAGUGAAGUAGAUGACAGCUUGGAUGACCUUGAGAAACACCUGCGAGAGAAAGCGCUGCGUUCUAUGCGAAAGGCCCAGGUGUCUCCAUCACAAAUGUCCUAAUACCCCCCCCCCCCCCCCCCCCCCCGAAAAAAAGUUUCUGUGUAACCUUCAUGUUUGUGAUCAACCUGAUUCAGCUUUAGAAUGUACAAACUGUCAGUUCUGCAGUCAUUUGUUUUCUUUAUACAGAUUUGGUACAUUUUGAGGUGUUCCUUUUGAGCGUGAUUUGUCAGCCUGUUAUCUAAACUGUAAAAAGUGUGUUGUCUAUAACUACUACAUUGAUUAGCAUGGGAAUGAUGUAUACUGAUGGCAGAGAUGCACAGGUAUCAUUUCCUCCCCUCCCCAGAACCCAAAGUAGAUUCUCCUGAAGUGAUUGCAUGUGCAGUGACUGUUUCUGAUGUGCAUGAACCACUGGCUAUGGCAUAUAGAGGAAAACUACACUCACAAUAUACACAGUUACACGUACAUCCUGAGCAGUCACAGUCUGGUUGUUAUAGCAGUGCACAAUGGUUUAACCAGCUGUUUUUUGGUUUGUUUUAAAGAGGAUCCUUGAAUUUAGCCAUCUCAACUGAUACAUUUUUCACGUCCUUGAGCCAAGCUAAUUCAUGUGAGAAUGAUUUGUUUUGUAUUUAGUACCCUGAGUUGUGUUGUCAUCCUUUCAGAAUUAAAACCUUUUAUAGGA